GUAAAAUUUUUUCAAGAGAAUGACAUAGAUUGGAAUGAAUUAAUUGAGCAAUGUGAUAUGGGAUUUACUUACGAAAAUGAACAGAUUAAAUUUGCUGAUUCACAAGCGUUUACAAUCGAUGUAACAAGUAUUAAUCCAAUAUUUGAUCAUCUUUAUACCGGAACCGCAGAACUCAAAUGUGAACAAAAAUUUGAUAGUUUAUUUAAAGAAUGUCUAAUUGUAAACGGUGAAAUAACUGCAACUUUACC